GCGAUGCCUCUCGAAGCCGGCACGCCUGCCGCCUCCGUGCAGGAUCCAGGCCCCGGGGCUGCCGUGCUCUGAGGCCGCGCUCGUGCCAUGGCCGCCCGGGGAGGACCGGGCCCGGGCUCCCGGCACCAUGCUCUGCGCGGGCUGCUGCUGCUCUGCCUCUGGCUGCCGAGCGGCCGGUCCGGGGAACCCGCCGCUCCUCCGUCGGGAGUCGAUCGGCUGCUGCAAGACUUUCGCCGGCAGCUGCAGCUGGCACGGCCGCGCGAGGAGCUAGAACCGGAGCUGCUCGCCGGCCCAAGGGAGGAUUGCCCGGGUGCGGGUGGUACGGCGGUCUACCGGGCGGUACCCGAUACCAUCAUCCGCACCCAGGACUCCAUCGCGGCAGGAGCCAGCUUCCUGCGCGCACCGGGGACCGUGCGGGGCUGGCGGCAGUGCGUGGCGGCCUGCUGUUCCGAGCCUCGCUGCACCGUGGCGGUGGUGCAGCUGCCCCGGGGGCCCAGCUCACCCGCGCCCGUGCCCGCGCCCCGCUGCUACCUGUUCAACUGCACGGCGCGGGGCCGCAGCGUUUGCAAGUUCGCGCCGCUACGGGGAUACCGUACUUACACUCUCAGCCGCGCCGGGGACACCGCCGGGGUCUCGCCCGGGCCGGGUGAGGACAAGCCUCCACUUAGCAAGGCCGGGAAGGAUGUGGUUUUGCAUCUGCCCACAGACGAGGUAAUUCUGGAUGGCCGAGAAAGCACAGAUGACCACGCCAUCGUCCAUUAUGAGUGGACGUUGAAGCAGGGUGACCCAUCAGUGGACAUGAAGGUGCCUCAGCCAGGAAUCCUGGAGCUGUCCCACCUGAAGGAAGGCACAUACAUCUUCCUGCUGACUGUGACUGACACAGUGGGCCAGAGAAGCUCCGACAAUGUGUCUGUGAGCGUGCUCCCCAGGAUCUACUCCACAGGAGGGUGCUCCAGUGUUUGCUCGCGCUACCAUUUCUUCUGUGACAGUGGCUGCUGCAUUGACAUCACCUUGGCUUGUGAUGGGGUGAGGCAGUGUCCAGAUGGGUCUGACGAAGACUUCUGCCAAAACUUGGGCCUUGACCGCAAGACGGUGGCGACACAGACAGCGGCUACUUCUGCCCAGCCAGGAACCACGGGACUGAGUGAAGGUAAAGAAGACCUCCGGUUUGAAAAGUCCCAGAAAGCCACUCCCCACAACCAACCAGCUACUGAGUCCCACACAGAGAAGAGGAUUCACUCCACCCAGAGGGCACCAGAGAGUCAAAUCAUUCCUGUCGUGCCAGACAGUAAUUCCUCAGGAGAGAAUCAAGAAGGAAGCUACAUUUUCAAGUCCAAGAGUGACCAAGCAAGGCGGGAACACCCAGCCCCAGAAGCAGGUGCAGUGUUACCCCUGGCAUUGGGUCUGGCCAUCACGGCGUUGCUACUUCUCAUGGUGACUUGCCGACUCCGACUGGUAAAGCAGAAACUUAAGAAAGCCCGUCCCAUUACGUCUGAGGAAUCUGACUAUCUCAUCAAUGGGAUGUAUCUGUAAUGAAGCUACUAUAAUAGCUGGGGGGCAAGGAUGGGGUUCACUUACAAUUUGUUCUUUGGGUUCUGUCAUUGAGACCUUUUGUUUUAAAUUGUGCUAGAAGAUACUGCAGUUAGAAAUCUUGAUUUAUCAUGAAAUCAAUCACCUGAGUAAAUGUCUCAAAAAGGUAGAGAGGAAUUCAUGAGAUUGAAGUUUAUAGUAUGCUGAGACAGAAAGUCAGUAUGCCAUCAGGUGACAAAUGGCAUUGACAGCCUUUCAUUUGUGAGGUGCCAACUGCUGGCCCCUGGCACCUUACCCUUGUCUUCCAACCCUCUCCUCUACUGGGUUCUCAUGAGCUUCAUUCUCUUUUUCUCUGCCAAAUAUCUUUGAAAAGGGACCUUAAGUGAAUUUACACUCAGUGAGAUAUUAUCAAUAGCAGGUCUGUAUGUUAAAGCAUUCUGAAUAGAUCAGCAAAGUCCUGCAGGAGAGGAAUAUGGAUUCACCCCAUGCUUCUGACAUCAGACCGCGGUGGUGGCCACUAUGAUCAGCUGACCUUUGAAGAACCCCUUGUGGUUAGGAGCAACUCUAGCUGGUUAUAAAAUGAGAUCAAGGAGGCAGCAGAGGACCUGGACGGCAAAAGCAAAUAGAAGCAUAGCCAUGGGAUGAGUAAGGACAAUUAAUGUCUCAUCUGCACAGUGCUCCUUCAUGGUGUGUAACACAGUGGCCAGUCUAUAUAUGCACUGGUUUUCAACAUGAGCCUUUCUGAUGAAAUAAUGAGAAUUGUCAAUCAAAACACUGAUGUCUGGGCACGAUGUUUGUAAAAUUGUCGCCCUGUUUAAGUAUCACAGGCCAUUCGAUGGAAUGAAUUGGAUGCUUCCCCUUGUGUUGUUUUGCAGAGCCGGAGGUGGGACCCAGGAGCCUGUGUGUGCUAGGCAAGUGCUCUACCAUUAAACCACACCCCUGCCUUCACCAUCUUGUAUGUUAUUAAAAUGUCAUAAUAUACAGUCAGCUAAUGUCAGGAUGUAUUUCCAGAGCAGAAAACACUUUUGUGCAGACUCACCUUUACGGGAAAUUAGCGUCCAGCUUAGCAUCGUUCUUUUCAAUUUAUAGGCAGUACAGGUAGAUUUUCCGUCAGUACUCAGUGCUGGGUCAUGCACUCUAGAGCAUCUGAGGGGACUGCACAGUGUGGUGCCCAUCUAGAAUCAUGAUAUCCCUAUUUUCUUUACUGUAAGAGGCAAACAUUGAAAAACACUGUAGCCUCAUGCGUUUAGACAAUGAAAAGUAGGUGGUUCCUUUAACAAGUGGCUUGAUUUUGGUGAGGGAAUAUAACUUAUCAAAGUGUAUUAAUGGGUAGUUCUAGAAAAACAAACGUUUGCUUUUGUCUCUUGAGACUCUAACUCUAUCCUUCUGCUGAAUGUUUAGAGCUGAGCAAUGGUGUGUUACCUUGGUAGUCUGAGAGAUGGACGAUGUGAGUGAACUCACCUGUAUUCUGAUCCUGUGUGGCUCGUUUUUAUAGAGGACAUCGCCUACAGCCAUACCCAGUAAAAUAGAAAGCGAUAAGGCAUGUUUCUUUCUGCACUUCUUUUAUAUACAAAGAAAUAAACUACAAUCUAGUAUUGCUAUUGUUUUGAAGUACUUGAGAAAGAUGUCUUGUAUGUACUAUUCCUUUAAUAAACUAUUUUAUUCUUA